CCUCCACACCCUCCAUAGCCAUAGCCAAUCUCUCUCUCUCUCUCUCGCUCUCUCUCUCUCUCUCUCUCUUGCGAUGCAGCAAGCAAUUCCUUACAAGUCAUGGCAACCACUCCACACAAACACCCACUUUAGCCAACUCUCGCUCACCCUCAGCAACACGUCCAAUUCUCUCAAUCUGUCGUCGCCUAAACACUCUGUAAAGGAAACGGAGAACAUUCUCACCUUGGUAUCGGAGAACGCAGUCAUAGUGUUCGGCAGGCGUGGAUGCUGCAUGAGCCACGUGGUGAAUCGCUUGCUUCUAGGCCUCGGUGUCAACCCCGCCGUGUACGAGGUUGACGAGAAAGACGAUGCGAGUGUCGUCAGGGAAUUGGAAUCGAUCGCCGGCAAUGGAAAAGUGCAGUUUCCGGCGGUGUUUAUUGGUGGGAGCUUGUUCGGAGGAUUGGAUCGACUUAUGGCUACGCAUAUUUCGGGAGAGCUGGUUCCUGUUUUGAAACAAGCUGGCGCCUUGUGGCUUUGAUUCAUGCACUUUUCUAACUACUUCCAUAGCUUUACCUUAAAUUUAUAAAGUUUGUUUUUUUUUUUUCCUACUUGAGAAGCUGUAUUAAAAGAAAUGCAGGAUUUUCUUUUCGGUUUUUGUGUGUUCAUAAAUGGAUCAUAAUUUUGUUACAAAAGAACAAAUAAUGGCAGAUUUCAUGCUUCUUCUUCUUUUA